AUGUACAAUAUGUAUAACACCAGUACUGAGGAGCUACAUAUGCCUUCAACAUGUAACAAAAGCCUAGUUCUAGUCCCCAGAAACGGGGGACCCUGCUUCCCAUUGCCUAUUUUCAUAUUGUUGGCUGUUCUCAUGGUUUUGUUAGUCUUUAUUACAGUUCUUGGAAAUGCCUUGGUCAUCCUGGCUUUUGUUGUGGACAAAAAUCUGAGACAUCGGAGUAAUUAUUUCUUUCUAAAUCUUGCUGUUUCUGACUUUGCAGUGGGUGCAUUCUGUAUCCCUAUGUAUAUCCCUUAUGCACUGACAGGAAAGUGGGAAUUUGGAAAAGGUCCCUGCAAGCUUUGGCUUCUCCUGGACCAUCUCAUGUGCACAGCAUCAUCAUUUAAUAUUGCUCUUAUCAGCUAUGAUCGGUACUUGUCAGUUACUAAAGCUGUGUUUUACAGGAUUCUACAGAGAAUGACUUCCAAGACUGUUAUUAUGAUGGGGGCAAUUUGGGUGUUUGCAUUCUUACUCUAUGGCCCAGCAAUUAUCAUUUGGGAAUAUGUGGCUGGCUGCAGCAUUGUACCUGAUGACGAAUGUUAUCCUGAAUUCAGCUACAACUGGUAUUUUUCUCUGUGUGCUUCAGUCUUUGAGUUCUUCACACCUUUGAUCUCCAUUGCCUAUUUCAACUUCCAUAUCUUCCAGAGUAUACGAAAGCGUCUACGAAGCCCCACCCAUCAGCUUUCUGAAAAUUCAAAGAGCAAGAGUCAGUCAUGGGGAUCUUCAUCUUCAGGAAACAAUUUUUCUACUUCAGUAGGAUAUAUGUAUUCAGUGACACUUGACAGUUCAGUUGCAUCUCAAGUCCAUUCCAAAACAGCUAAGGAAGCUCAUUUCAGAGGUUUCAGAAAAAGGACAUGGUCAAAAAUGCAAAGGGACAAAAAAGCUGCAAAGUCACUUGCUAUAAUUGUUUAUAUCUUUGCUAUAUGCUGGGCACCAUAUUCAUUACUUACGAUUAUUUCUGCAGCCUGCAGAAAACAAUGUAUCAGUGAACCUCUGUUUGAGUUUACAUCUUGGCUUUUGUGGUUCAAUUCCUCUGUGAACCCUUUUCUCUACCCUCUCUGCCAUGUUAAGUUCCGAAGAGCAUUUAGGAAAAUAUUUUGCCUCAAAAAGCCUGUUAUAUUUGAAUCUCAUCAACCAGACUCUUCAAAAGAUCCAUCAGUCGACACACCCUGA